AUGGCAGAAGACAAAAAGCAGAAGCUUUGGGGAGGCAGAUUUACCGGAGAAACCGACCCAUUAAUGCAUCUCUACAAUGCAUCUCUUCCUUAUGAUUACAAGAUGUAUAAGGCCGAUCUACAAGGAACCAAGGUGUAUACGGCUGGAUUGCAAAAGAUCGGACUUCUGACUGAGGAAGAACUGGACCAAAUCCAUAAAGGUUUGAAAAUUAUCGAGAAAGAGUGGUCCUCAGGAGAAUUUAAGAGACAUCCAACGGAUGAAGAUAUUCAUACGGCGAAUGAAAGAAGGCUGGGCGAGAUUAUUGGACGUGGGAUCUCUGGGAAAGUUCAUACUGGAAGAUCGCGUAACGAUCAAGUCGCUACGGACAUGAGAAUUUACUGCAGAGAUCUUUUGACCGAAACCGUCCUUCCAGCAUUGGCCAAGUUUAUUGAAGUUAUUCUGUUGAGAGCGAAAGAGGAAAUCGAUGUUUUGAUGCCCGGUUAUACGCACCUUCAAAGAGCACAACCAAUUCGUUGGUCCCACUGGCUCAGCAUGUAUGCGACUUAUUUCACCGAGGACUACAAGAGGUUGCAACAAAUCACCGAUCGACUCAACAUGUCGCCUCUUGGUGCCGGUGCGUUAGCUGGUCAUCCAUAUGGUAUUGACCGUGAAUAUUUGGCCAAAAAUUUAGGGUUCAACGGUGUCAUUGGAAAUUCGCUUGCCGCGGUUUCCGACAGAGAUUUUGUCGUGGAAAUCAUGUUCUGGUCUUCUUUGUUCAUGAACCACGUUUCUCGGUUUUCGGAGGACUUGAUCAUUUAUUCGACUGCAGAAUUUGGUUUCGUCAAGCUCUCGGAUGCUUACUCGACUGGAUCCUCUUUGAUGCCUCAGAAGAAGAAUCCAGACUCUUUAGAACUUCUUAGAGGUAAGUCCGGAAGAGUAUUUGGUGAACUCAGUGGGUUCUUAAUGAGUUUAAAGUCCAUUCCUUCCACUUAUAACAAGGACAUGCAAGAGGACAAAGAACCCUUAUUCGACUGUUUAACCACCGUCGAACAUUCUAUUCUAAUUGCUACCGGUGUUGUUUCCACCUUGAAUAUCGUCAAGGAAAAGAUGGAAGGUGCUUUAACCAUGGAUAUGUUGGCCACCGACUUGGCGGAUUAUUUGGUUAGAAAGGGUGUUCCAUUCAGAGAAACGCACCACAUUUCUGGAGAGUGUGUAGCUUUGGCAGAGAAGACUCAAGUUACUGGGAUCGAUCAAUUGACUUUGGAACAAUUCCAAAAAAUCGAUGACAGGUUCUCUUCAGACGUUUUCAAAGUUUUCAACUUCGAACAAAGCGUUGAAAGAAGAACUGCCACUGGUGGAACUGCUAAAAGUGCCGUUUUGAAACAACUAGCUUCUUUAGAAUCGCAACUUAACUAG